GUUUGGGUGUGUUUUUAUUAGGCUGCUAGUGCGAAAUUUCUCCAUGCGGGCAACAAUUUAAUUUUGCCAACAAGUGAACUUCAAUAAAAAGAGUAGAACUACAGUAAAAGAAUAAUCGCAUAAGUUAACUGCACAAGCAAAUGUACAUAUAGCAACGUGUGUUCAUCUAUGUGUUCAUGUGUGUAUCUGUGUUAGUACGUGAGCAAAAAGUAGAUACGCGAGUUGUAUAAUCGCCAAAACUUGUUGAAUUCGCUGCCUCCCUCGCACUACUGUGUGAGUGCAAAGAUACAUAAAGAAACUAAAGCAACAGCAACAACACCAACUGAGACGACGUCAUGCAAGCAAUCAAAUGUGUUGUUGUUGGCGACGGCGCCGUGGGCAAGACCUGCCUGCUGAUCAGCUAUACAACGAACGCCUUCCCCGGCGAAUAUAUACCAACAGUAUUCGAUAACUAUUCUGCGAAUGUGAUGGUCGAUGCCAAACCGAUUAAUCUCGGUCUAUGGGAUACGGCCGGGCAGGAAGAUUACGAUAGACUGCGACCUUUGUCCUAUCCACAGACGGACGUAUUUCUCAUUUGCUUCUCGCUGGUGAACCCCGCCUCCUUUGAGAACGUACGCGCCAAAUGGUUUCCCGAGGUGCGUCAUCAUUGCAACAAUGUGCCGAUUAUUCUCGUCGGCACGAAGCUCGAUCUGCGCGACGAUAAACAGACAAUUGAGAAACUGAAGGAUAAGAAGCUGACGCCCAUUACCUAUCCGCAGGGCUUAGCCAUGGCCAAGGAAAUUUCAGCGGUUAAAUAUUUAGAGUGCUCUGCUCUAACACAAAAGGGUCUGAAAACGGUAUUCGAUGAGGCCAUACGCUCCGUCCUAUGCCCACCGAUAGGCAAACCAAACAAUCGGAAGUGCAUACUUCUCUAAAUGGGUGCGAGGGGGAGGCGUAACAAAAAGAAGAGAAAAAUACAGAAAGUACAGCGAGCAGAGGGCAACCGAGUGAAAGAGAGCGAAAAAAGCUUGCAAAAAAAAAAAAAAAAAA